AUGGAGCACGUUAGCAGGAGCCUGCUCCAGUCGUCUUCGGAGCUCGCCGGCGAUGCGACCGGUCCCUUCUUCGGCUUCAUCGGCGCGGCCGCAGCGCUGGUGUUCGCGUGCAUGGGCGCCGCGUACGGCACGGCCAAGUCCGGCGUCGGAAUCGCGUCGAUGGGUGUCAUGCGUCCAGAGCUGGUGAUGAAGUCCAUCCUCCCCGUCGUCCUGGCCGGUGUGCUGGGCAUCUACGGCCUCAUCAUUGCAGUCAUCAUCUCCACCGGCAUCACCCAGACCACCACGAAGGCGUACUACCUCUUCGACGGCUACGCGCACCUGGGCGCCGGCCUGGCGUGCGGGUUUGCCUGCCUCGCGGCGGGCAUCGCCAUCGGCGUCGUCGGCGACGCCGGCGUGCGCGCCAACGCCCAGCAGCCCAAGCUCUUCGUCGGCAUGAUCCUCAUCCUCAUUUUCGCCGAGGCCCUCGCCCUCUACGGCCUUAUCGUGGGCAUCAUUCUGUCCUCCAAGGCAGGCACCGCCGCCGCCUGA